UCCUAUAUAAAAUGAGGGAUCCAAUAUAAACUUACUCAAAAAGCGCAAAAGAAAUUUUUAGAUAUGAAGGCUUUCAUUCUGUGCUUCUUUGGUGUUGUGCUUGGAUGCAUAGUGCUAGUUAAUGCUUCAACUCGAAGAAUAAGAUUUGAAGUGGUACAUUCUAAUCAUACAAGGCUAUGCACCAAGAAGCCAUUGCUCACCGUGAACGGACAAUUCCCGGGCCCGACCAUAUAUGCCCGGAGGGGAGAACUUGUCACAGUCGAUAUUAUUAAUCAUUCCGAUCAAAAUAUAACCAUCCACUGGCAUGGAGUUAAAAUGCCGAGAUAUCCAUGGUCGGAUGGAACCAAUUAUGUGACACAGUGCCCAAUUCAACCCGGCAAAAACUUUACCCAACAGAUGAUCCUCUCCGACGAGGAAGGCACAUUGUGGUGGCACGCUCAUAGCGAUUUUUCGAGAAAUACCGUCCACGGAGCAAUUGUGAUCCUACCUCCGGCGAGGGAGACUUAUCCUUUCCCCAAGCCUCAUGCUCAUGUUCCCAUCAUCAUUGGAGAUUGGUUUAAUGCUAAGGUUGAAACAGUGUACAAGGAAUUCCUUGCCCAUGGACUAAAUCCCCAAGCAUCCGAUGCUGUCCUCAUCAACGGCCAACCCGGCGAUUUUUAUCCAUGCUCCAAACAAGAUACAUACAAAUUGAAAGUGGAGUAUGGGAAAAGGUACCUAAUCAGAUUAAUUAGCAAUGUGAUGGAAACCCAAAUGUUGUUCAAAAUAGGCAACCACAACUUCACCGUCGUCGGCACAGACGGCGCCUACACGAAACCGCUACACACUGAUUACGUAGCGAUUUCGCCUGGCCAAACCAUAGAUUUGCUUCUAGAAGCCAACCAGCCGCCAAGCCAUUACUACAUGGCGGCCAGAGUGUACGCCACUGUCGAGAAAUUCUUGAAGGAAAUCCCCGCCACUGGAAUAAUCGAGUAUGUCGGAAACUACACUCCGCCUCCAUCACCGCUGCUUCCAUCCUUCCCCCAAGUCAACGACGUGGCUGCAUCGAUCGGCUUCUCACAGCAACUAAAGAGCCUGGGCAACAACGUGGACGUCCCUAAGGAAGUCGACGAAACCUUCUUCUACACUCUCUCAGUGAACGUGUUUUCCUGUACCGAACCUUCUUGCUUCGCAUCCUUCAGGGUGCACGCGAGCGUCAACAAUUUGACAUUUUUGCUUCCGAGUAACGUCGACAUUCUCACAGCUUAUUACAAACAGAUUAAUGGAGUUUACACUACUGAUUUCCCCGACUUCCCGCCAACAUCUUUCAACUACGCGCAAGACGAUCCGGAGAAGAAUGCGAGAGCAUCCGCGUUCGGAAGAGCGGUUCGUAUGUUGGAGUAUAACACGACGGUGGAAGUGAUUUUCCAAGGCACCAACUUCGGCGAUGGCGUUGACCAUCCCAUGCAUUUACAUGGUCACAGCUUCUAUGUUGUCGGUUCCGGGUUAGGGAACUUCGACAAGUCCCGGGAUCCGCCCAACUAUAACCUUGUCGACCCGCCAUUGAUGGAAACCAUCGCUGUGCCAAGAGACGGAUGGACCGCUAUAAGAUUUAAGGCGAACAAUCCAGGAGUGUGGUUAAUGCAUUGUCAUUUCGAGCGGCACCAGAGUUGGGGGAUGGAAAUGGUGUUUAUUGUCAAGGAUGGGAAACUCCCACAUGAGAAGAUGCUGCCGCCACCGCCGGAUAUGCCACGUUGCGGCGGAGAAGACUCAUUCUCCUCCUCUUGUAUUUGGUCAUCCUCAUUCCACAAUGAGGAAGAGAGAUGAGGCUCAGUGAAUCUUUAUUUAUGAUAUACUAAUAUAUUACUAUCUUUAUCUGUGUCACUUGUGUGUAGAUUUAUUAGGAUAUUAUAAUGAUGGUGUAGUUUAUCUAGAAUAAUUGGGGUUUUUGUCUUGUGUGAGGAUGAGAUAUGCCCAAGAUAUGAUAUUGAAAUGUGCGUAUUUAUUUAAUUUUAA